AUGGACAAGAUCAAGGAGCGCAUGAACGCCCUCCGCGUGGAGGCCGACGAGGCUCACGACCAGGUUGAGGAGCUGAAGGCCAAGGUCAAGACUCUGGAGCAGGAGAACCUGUCCAAGGAGCAAGAGAUCACAUCCCUCAACCACCGCAAUCAGCUGCUUGAGGAGGAGGUCGAAAAGGCCGAGACCUCUCUUAAGGAGGCCAAGGAUGCCGCCAACCAGAGCGCCCAGCAUGACACCCAGAACGAGGCCCUGCAGCGGCGGGUGCAGCUCCUUGAGGAGGAGGCCGAGGAGAACGACCGAACUCUGCGGGAGACAAACGAGAAGUACGAUCCCAUCCCCUUUAUGUAUCUUAAGAAACUCCAACUAACGUGUGUCAUUGCUAGGCUCCGCCAAACCGACGUCAAGGCCGGACACUACGAGCGCAAGGUGCAGGCACUCGAGACGGAGCGCGACCAGUGGGAGUCCAAGUAUGAAGAGAUGGCCAAGAAGCACGCUGAGCUGCAGAAGGACCUCCACGAACUCGAGGUUUCCAUCAGCAAUGUUUAA